AAAUAAUGUUCCAUCACUUCAGACUAAAUCAUUAAGACGUAUAGCGUGGGUAAGUUUCCUGAAAUAGAUAUUUAUGCAUGAAUCAUCGAAUUCCAGAAGUAAAUACUUACUUCUUUCCGGAAGCAUUCAUUUGUCGAUUAUCAAUUCAAUUUCGAUUUAUUUGCAGCCUGAUGCAAUCCAGAGAAAGGCAGGAUAUUAUUCUUCAUAAAUAUUUUCUAAUCAAUUCACAACUUAAUGGCCUUUUUCCAAAAUAGGAAGUUGAAAUGUACCCAUGUGCAGAACAGUAUUGUCGAGGUACGAAAUAGUCUGCCUACAUAAUGUCACACUUAACUAAUUUCAGAUCAAAACUGCAAAACUUAAAUGUAUUGCAGAUACAAUUUAUCGUUCCUACAUUAACGACAACGUGCUAAAGUUUCGAAAAUGGAUUGGCCCGGAAAAGCUAAAAAGUAUUACUAAUGCUGCAGUAAAUACCUGGAUUCAACUUACAAAUUACUAUGAAGCUACCUUAGCCGAUUUUAAGAACAUGGAUCUAUUUUUACAACUACAUCCAGCAGAAGUAUUGGAUUUUUUGCAAGAAGGAUUUUUUAUGAUCAACGAAACUGACAAAAAUAUGUUUCUUAGAUUUAUUUUAGUUGUGCCAUUACGAUAUAAAAGUUAGUCGAUAUUUCAUGUAGGGUGGUCUAUGAAACACGAUGUCACGGAAAAAUCGGCUUUUAGCACCCCAUCUUUUACCCCUUUAUGCCCACUUUUAGCAUGUAAAUGCAGCUGUCACUCAAACAGUUAACCUCCUACCUUCCAUGCUGCCCCUUGACAUCAGUUUUGGGCCAUCCCUGUGAACAGAUGCGUUUUUAACCUAGUCAGUUACAUACGUGUUUUUUUAAUUCAGAUCAACCUGUCGAUAUAGCUGCUUGGAAUUCAAUUGUCGAGACCUUAAAGUCAAAUGAAACAAUUCAGAAUGUCAGAGAAAUUCAAAUUCUAUUUGAUGACGUUAUUAGUUCUUCUCCAAACCCAUUGUUGAAUCUCGACAAAUACACCGGCUACGACUUUGAAAAAACUAUGGACGGAUUCAAUAAUCUGACAAAAUUAGUCAUUCGAGGUAAAGCAGCCAAUGAUGACCUCCUUCGUGCAGUUGGGGAACAUUGUUAUCGUCUUAAAUAUUUGGACAUAAAUGGAAGUGCGGCAACAAGUGAUGGCAUUCGCCUACUUUUCUUUAAAGACGUGGAAUCUGAAAACAGGUACAGAGUGAGAUUCAAUCAAGCAAUGGCGUGGAACAUGCCGAAAUAUUUAUUGAGACCGCUGACAAAAACGUGAGCUCAUCAAUGCAUAUGUACUAAUAUGUACAUUAACAGGGAUGCAUAAUUAAUUACGAUUGUCACCUAAUAGGUUGGAAUAUUUCGACAUGUCUCAAUUGUUAAACACCAAUCGAGUGCUUUGCAGCUCUAUUUUAAUGGCAUGUCCCCAAUUAGUUGCAACUCCAAAUAAAUUUUUCUUUACUCCGACUGGGAAUACAAAAAUUGUUUGCAAAAAUUUCAACACCAGUCCAACGUUGAUGCCCCUGAGACAAAGCUUGGUGCUGAAUGUUCGAACACAAUUUUGUGAAGACAUCUUCUGCUUUGUGAGAGGUCUUUUAGCCUGCACGCAUGCAAUUUUACCAUCAUUUGAAGUGAGGAUUGACGAUAUUGGGUAUGAAGUUGGAUUUCUGCUGUUUUCUAAUGAACGUCUUAUUGCUUACUGCCAACUGGAUCAACUUACCGUAAUCAACUUCUGUAGCUACACGCAAUCAGUCUGUCAGUUCAUCCCUAUUGACCUAUUAGGUCAUUUUGCACCAAAUCUUCAGAGGAUCAAGGCCCCCUUAAAAGGAACAGUCAGUGACAAGUAUCCCUUAAACGAUUUAAAACAAGUUACAAUUUCAAUGGUCUAUGAAUGGGAGACUAUAAAAACUAUUGUGAAAAAAUGCCGUGAACUAGUUUACUUGGAAAUCCGGGAGUUGCUUUAUCAUCCAAGUGCCGUAGGGGACGAAGAUAUCUUUCAAUUGUUUGAACGCGGCUCUGAAAAUUUAGAAGUUUUCCGAUUAUUGUUCAAAAACAACAUUACUUUGCUCGGAGGUUUGACAGAUAUUCUAAAAACUUGCCCUUCCUUGCGGAUUAUUGGCGACUUAAAAUACUGGAAAAUAACAGAGAAGCUCUUUUAUAGGCUACAUAAGCAAGUAAAUCUCCAUAAUUUCAGAAUCGUAAUAGAAUAUGAUGGGGUAUUGACUGAAUUCUAAUUUAUUUCUGCCAAUG